GCUAGGAGCCCAGCACAAUAAAUUGCAUAGUUUCCCUUGAAUGGAUAUUUAGUCAUCCCUAUAUUCUGGGCAGCUGGGUGACGUUGCAGCACUUUCUUUGCAGAGAUGCUGGAUGGCCAGGAGACUGAAGCUGGCAUGCGUGACUCUGCCAUGGCUUCACCUCCUGCACGGGCAAAAAACAGGAAGGCGCUAACCCCAGAGGAGUUCCAGCAUGAAGUACUCGUGAAGCUGACAGUGCUGCGAAUGGUUCAAAAGCAGCAUGGGGAACUUAUACAUGGGCUGAUCGGCCGGCUUCGGUCCAAUGCUGCCAAAGGAAAUGCACCUUUAGUUUCCAGCCCGUUCUCGGAGUACGAGUCACUGAAACAGUUCGAUAACAAGUUGACUGGCCAGAUGAAAGAUGUGGAAGAGCUUGCCAACAAAGGUGGAAUCAAUGCUGCUGCGUGCACAAAAAGAAUUCUUUGCUACCUGCUCUGUGACAAUCUUGCAGCGGAAUUCUCAUGGCUUGGAAAAAAAGGAAAGCGUAGAUUCAGCGAGCUCCGUCUUGCCUCUUGCAUAAUAAGUGCUGUGCAAAAGGUUCACGCUGCAAAUGAAUUUGCCAUAGAGGCAGCCAUUCGAGAAUGGCUGCGUCAUGCCCCAGCAAGGCACAGGAAUGCAGCAAGAGGAUCAAGUGGUUGUGAUGAGUAGCCAUGCAGCAUGAUGAAGCCUUAAAGGGGAACUUCGUUGAAGACUUUUGUUCAGCAAUUUUUCAUUCACAUCACUUCGAAGCGUUCAAGGCGAACUUCAUUGAAGACUUUUGUUCAGUAAUUUUUCAUUCACAUAACUUUGAAGCUUUCAAGGCGAACU